UGCAAAGUCUCAGGUAACAAAUAUACGUAUAGUACUACAUUCAUAUAAUAUAUGUGCUUGCUUAUUUAAAAAAUAUUUUGUAGCAACUGCAUAUAUACACUGUAUAAGCGAUGAAGAAGUUGAACGAUUUGCAAACCAUAUGCAAGAUGAAAUGAGAAAAGCUGCAGAAGGAGAACUUGCAGUGAACUCUUUGUCCUUCAAGCCACUAAACAACAACCCCCCAAAAGACUUUGGAGAAUUUGAUUUUAUCAUUGUUGGAGCUGGAGCUACAGGAACAGUACUCGCUAAUAGGCUUUCGGAAGAAAAGUCAUGGAAAAUAUUGCUACUGGAAGCUGGAGGUUAUCCCAGCGAUUUCACGGAUUUACCUGCAAACGUAUUACCUUCCAGAUUUACACGUUACAAUUGGGGAUACAAGACUGUACCACAAAAUUAUUCUUGCUUAGGUAUUGGAUUUUCAAGUCGUUCAAUAAGUCCAUGCUAAUUUGUAAUAUUUUUCCAGGCAUGAAUAAUGAAGAAUGUCUUUGCCCACGCGGUCAAGGUUUGGGAGGCACAACCCUCAUCAACGGCCUCAUGUACGCCCGAGGCCACAAAAUCGAUUUCGAUAAGUGGGCAGCUAUGGGAAACCCAGGCUGGGCGUAUAAAGAAGUACUACCUCUAUUUAAAAAAUCCGAAGGAAUGCUUAAGAAUAAUCCAGAUGCUGUGGUGGACUGGGCCUUCCAUAACCCGUCGGGACCAUUGCGUGUGGAGUACAAACCCACCACCGAUCCUCAGUUAAAGGCCUGGUACGAAGCCCAACAAUCUUUUGGAUACCAAUUCGCCGACCCAAACAGUCCACAGCAAAUUGGAUUUGGUCCUGUGCCAGGAAACAUUAAACACGGAAGAAGGCAGGAUGGUGGUACUGUGUUUGUAUUGCCUGUUCUUACAAGAGAAAAUUUGGUUGUUCAGACUAAUACUUUAGUAACAAAGAUCGUCUUUAGGGAGGGGUGGUUUGUGAAACCGAUUGCUAAGGGUGUUGAGUUUGCUUUCAACGGAACCUAUUAUACAGCCUGGGCUAAGAAGGAAGUCAUAGUGUCGGGUGGGUCUAUAAAUACCCCGCAGUUACUUAUGAUUUCAGGUAUAGGACCAAAACGCCACUUAAAAGAAAAAGAUGUGAGGGUUAUAAAAGAUUUACCUGUAGGGCUAACCCUUAGAGAACACCCAGCGUUUUUCGGGUUACUAUUUAGUUCUAAUUAUUCGGAACCUGUAAAAUCUUUUAAUGAAUACAUUAAAGAAUAUUUACAGGGAACAGGCCCCCUGACAAUCACAGGCGGUUUUAGGGGAAUGUCUUUUUACAAAACCAAAUACGAAACCGUUCCAAAAUACCCCGAUUUGGAAGUUUUGUUUGCCUCUGGGAACUGCACUUCGCAGUUUGUUCAAAAAGGUUUCAAUUGGAAGGAUGAAACCUAUCGAGCAGCUUUUGCCCCGCUGAAUCCCAGAAAAUGUUUUCAAGCCACACCGAUUGCACUUCAUAGUCAGUCAGUUGGUUAUGUCAAGCUUAAAACUAACAGCCCCUACGAUUUUCCAUUGAUUAAUCCGAAUCACUUAUCCGAUAGGAAAAAAAGAGACAUCAACACCCUUUACGAAGGAAUUCAAAUGAUUAUUAAGUUCACUAAAACUGAAGCUAUGCAAAAAUUUAACGCCACCAUAGGAGUAACUCCAUUACCAGCUUGCACACAACACGAAUUUCUUUCCAGAGAUUACUGGUUUUGCGCGUUGGGUCAGAUGACUUACAACAUUUACCAUCCGGUUGGCACUUGUCCAAUGGGUCCCAAUCCGAAAAAAUCGGUUGUAAAUCACGAAUUAAAAGUACAUGGGGUAAACAACUUAAGGGUUGCCGAUGCAAGUGUUUUUCCCUUUACCCUUUCUGGGCAUCCUAAUGCUCCUUGCGUGAUGAUCGGCGAAAAAUUGGCUUUACUCUUAAAAAGGGAUUAUUUGUAAAACUAUAAAUGCAAU